UCAAGUCAUCACUAUCUCUCUAGAAGUUAAGCCAAAAAAGCUAACCAAAGCUAUCUCCAGCUAUAGAACACUGUGUAACAAAGAUCUUGAAUAAUUUCUUCUCCAUUCCUAUAAUCUUCUUCAAUAUUUUCUCUAUGUCUGAUGACCAAAACAAGUAUCCAUAUCAACCCUACAAUUCUUUUCAUCAUGAUCAGAAUAUGGUAUCAGGGUUUUUGGGAUCCAACCCUGUUGGAUUUGACCCUUCUCAUAUGAGCUUCACUGAUUUCUUUCAUGAAACAGUGGAUUACAACACUCUAUCAAGAGCAUUUGACAUUUCUUGUUCAUCAUCUCAUGCUGUUAAUUAUCCUGCAAAUGAUACUUGUAAUUCAAAGAAAAAUAUCAGCGUUAGAGAGGCAGCAGGAGAGAUUAAUGAAAAUCCAUUGACGCCGAAUUCAGCUGAGUCAUCGUCUUCUUCUGCGGCUGGAGGUGAAGAGGAAUCCUCCAAAAGCAAGGAAGAUCCGCCGAAAAAAGUGUGUGACGAUGGAGAUGAAAAGUGUAAAAAAGUGAACAAACCAAUACAGAAAGUGGAGAAAAAGAAAAGAGAACCGCGUUUUGCCUUCAAGACGAAGAGUGAAAUUGAUAAUCUUGAAGAUGGUUAUAGAUGGAGGAAAUAUGGCCAGAAAGCAGUGAAAAAUAGUCCUUUUCCAAGGAGUUAUUAUAGAUGCACAGCUCAAAAGUGCACUGUGAAGAAAAGAAUUGAAAGAUCAUUUCAAGAUCCAUCAGUGGUGAUCACCACCUAUGAGAGCCAGCACAACCACCACAGUCCGGCCAUGCUCCGCGGCCGGGCCACCGACAUGGUGGCACCUCCGCUGCAGCCCAAAAUCCCGAGUUUUCAGCAGGACUAUACCUCUUCUCAAAUGAUACCAACAAGUAACCAAAACCACGCAAAUUCCAUGUUUUAUAAUAACCUUAAUCCUCAGCAGCACCACCAACUUCCUGAAUAUAAUUUUAUGCCUGACAUGUUUCCCUCAUUUGCUCACAAAGAGGAUACAUGAAUUCUGUCUUUCUCUAAGUUUUUUGUGUGUUUAUUGUAUCUAAACUUGCACGAUGAAUUCCUAGAUCGAUUUAAAGUGUAUGGAUCAAUUCUCUUCUUCUUGCUGUCAAAGAAAAAACUACUCUCAACAUUGUAUUUACUGGUGAAUGUAGAGUACUACGCUAGUUAGUUCCAAUUUGGGAAAUGAAACUACUUUUAAACCACUCUACUGAAAGCUAAGUUGUUGAGAAGGGAUGUAGUUAUUUACUUCUAAUGAUCAUGAACAAGGUCUCUAAUGUGCAGGCAACAUUUAUGUUUACAUUUCAUAAACGGCCGGUAAGGGAACUUGGACACUGUUUUGCUCUGGUACCAUGUUGAUAAUGGACCUUAAAAUAUGUACAUCAGAUUUUACAUAAGAGAUUAUAUAAUGUUUACAUGACAUUAUAUCA